ACAACAAGAAGAACAAACAGAGACAGAAACAGGAACAGAAGAGAGAUGGGUGUGAUGGAGAAGCUCAAGAUGUUCGUCGUACAAGAGCCUGUUGUCGCUGCUUCUUGUCUCAUCGCCGGCGUUGCUCGUUGAAGCUACGUUGGUCUUGGUUCUGUGCCCCAAGUUCAUCGCUUUUUGUUUAUUUAGGCAUUGUGAAAUGUUGUAGUGACCACUUAGCCCCAAGAAGAAAUCUUAAGGCCUUGGAUUACAUUUUGUGUUGGUGUUUGUUCGGUAGCUUCGGCCUAGGAGAGUGAUGAGAUGCUAAUAUGGCCUCAACAUUGAGCCCUAGAUUCGGCAAACUCAUUUGGUAAUCGUACUGAACAACACAGAUGAUGGGUACUUGGGAGUAUAGGGUGAUUAAGACUGAGGAAUUUGUAGUUGGGGAAACUGAGAUAAAGCCGAUGGUUGCUUUGAGAUAUUUCUUUUUAGCCAUCUUUGCACCAAGAUAAGGGUUCCUUGAGAAAACAGGAAGGUGACAUGAUCUAUUGAAUGUAAAUCCAAAGAGGCUGUGAACCUCUCACCAUUUUUUUUUCCUCAUGCACAACUCACUCUUUCUUUCUUACUCACAAACUCAUUCUCUCUUUACACACCACUCAUCUUGUUUCUAUUUUUUUAGCUCUAUUGCCCUUCUCUCACAGGCACAGCCUCAGACAAAGCUCCCAUCUUUUUCUUUACCAUUUAACUUACAAAAGAAAAAAGGACUUUUUCUGGAGUAUAUAAUUUGACAAACACUAUUCUUAUUCAAUCUUAGAGCUUCGGUGUUUCAAGGUUUUUGGUUUUAUAACUGACUUUUGCUAGACAUCUCGCAUUUUUCUUUUUAGGAUGUUCCUAUAGUCUUUUUUUUUUUUCUUUUUUUAUUUGCACUUUCUUCUAAGGGUUCAGAGGCAUUUGGCCAUAAAAUUCAAACCAAGUCUUGAAUCUUCAUAUGAAACGGGAGACUAAGAUGAAGCAACCAAGCAAAGACCAGGAUACAAGUUCCACCAAGAGAAUUCGUAUCAUAUGUGAUGAUCCCUAUGCCACUGAUUGUUCGAGUGAAGAUGAUGCAGAUUAUAAUGUUAAGAAAAACAGAUCAGUGUGUAAUAAGCGCGUUGUUUCAGAGAUUUUGGUUGAGGAUGCCCAAUGUGAAUCAUCUGCAAAGAAUUCAUUCAAUUGCAAUACCUAUGACACCAAAUUUGGUAAUUGUAUGGAUAUUGAUGACAGUGAGAAAACUCGAAGAUGUGGUACCGAAUAUAAGGGAGUUCGGCGUAGAAAAUGGGGAAAGUAUGUAGCGGAGAUUCGAGAUCCAUUUCAAAAGACUAAAUUAUGGCUUGGCACUUUUACUACUGCAGAGGAGGCUAAUAUGGCUUAUCAGACAAAGAAGGCCGAGUUUGAUAACAGAAGGUUAUUGCAAGAGACUAAGAGUAAUCUUAAAAAGUUGCAAGCAUCAAACAAGGCCAAGGGAGUGUGUGAGACCAAGCGUAAUUGUAUUGAUGUUGAUGACAGUGAGAAAACUAGAAGAUGUUCUACCAGGCGGCGUACAAAAUGGGGAGCGUAUGCAGCGAAGAGUCAGGAUUUAUCAGCUGAUGCUGCUAUUGAAACUGUCUCAUUCAGUUGCAAUACCUAUGGCACCAAAUUUGGUAAUUGUAUGGAUGUUGAUGAAAGUGAGAAAACUCAAAGAAUUAUUACCAAAUGUAAGGCAGUUCGGCGUACAAAAGGGGGAAAGUAUUCAGCGCAGAUUCGAGAUCCAUUUCGAAAGACUAGCGUAUGGCUUGGCACUUUUACUACUGCAGAGGAGGCUUUUUUGGCUUACCAGAAAAAGAGGGUCAAGUUUGAUAACAGAAGGUUAUUGAAAAAGACCAAGAGUAAUCUUAAAAAGUUGCAUUUAUCAAAAAAGGCCAAGGGAGAGUGUGAGACCAAGCGUAAUUAUGAACACAAUCUUUUAUCAGAGGAGAGUCGGGAUUUAUCAGCUGAUGCUGCUAUUGAAACUGUUUCAUAUGAAGACACCAAAAUUGUGUCUUCUCAUCCAUCACUGUCAUCUGUGCUUGAUAUUUCUAGAGCAGCACUAAAUAUUGGACUCAGAAAGAGGGAUGAACAGUCCACUUUGGAGGUGUCUGGACGAGAAGCCCCUGUGCCACCAUAUGUUCAAGAAGAACAAUGCAACUUGAAGGUUUCUGAAAAGCCAACACUGCUACCAGCAGUACAGUUGAAUGUUGGGUUUGUGGAUAAUUACAUGCUUGAGUGUUUGGAUCGGUAUUUUGUUGGUCUGACUGACAUAGUUGAUUAUCCAGCGUGCGAUGAUGUGAAUGGGACUCUUCCUUCCUGCUGUGGUGAGGCCAAUGUUAGAUUCCUUUGAAGCUUCUAAGCAAGUCCCUCAGCCAGCUUUAAGUGAUGUGGUUGCAGGUAUGACGGGUAAAAAAUAGAGGCGAUAUGAUUCCUCGAUACGAGUGACAAUUAAUGAAACCCCGUUUCCCAUUUUCAUGAGCAAUGUAAUAAGCUUGACAAUCUUGGAGAGGCACCUUGAAUCAUCCUCUAUUUUUUUUGUAGGCAUAUGAAUGGUUUUUAUUACC